AUUACACAGUCUGAAAUAAGAGAAGCAAGAUGAAGGCAAUUUUAACAGGAAUUUUCACAUUAAAUUUACUUUCUCAGGUCAGUAAGGUAAAAUGUAUCUUCAACAGUAAGGUUAUUAAAAUAAUGUAGAUGCAAUAUUGCUAAAAAAUAAAUGUUUAUUAGAAACCAUCCAUUUUGAGGAAGAUUUUUCUCUUUUUUUAUAUUUUUACAACAGAUUGGAGUUAAUUGUUCAGAUGAAACAAAAUUGUCGGGAGAACAAAGUUUUACAAACAAUGUAUUAUUUCAUCUUAGAGGAUACAUAAAUGAAGCAUAUAAUAUGCCAUGUAAAGACAACUCAAUAACCAUAAAAUCAGAUAGUUUCACUAAUAGCUAUGGAUAUUCUCGUCUACUAUUUCGUUUUCUUCCUGAUUGUAAACUGGUAAAUAAUAUAUACAGUACAGAUAUCUAAUCAGUAUGAUAUUUUUGAUAAAAAGCAGAAUGAAUAUAGCUUGUCUAUGUUGAACUAUCAGUUGUAAAAUAUGGCCUAUAAAUUGGCCCAUUAUCAAAAAUACACUAAUUCUCCAAUUAGAUUGGAUACUAUCUUUUUGUUUUUUUUUUCCCAAAAAAAAUUAGGACAUUUUCGUAAAGUUUAAGUUCUUUCAUGUAAACUAUUCAAAAAACUGCAUAAAGGAUUUUCUAUCAUUAAGACAACAUUCGAAAACUGCAAAAUUCUGUGGAGAGUCAUUUAUAAUGAAUUCAUUAGGUUCAAACACUUCAACAGAAUUUUUUCAAAGAAAAAUUUAUUCUAUAAAACACUUUUAUCAAAUUCCAUUUUCAAUUGAAAAUCAAUUCACAUAUCAAACUGAUGGAUUAUCAAACAAUAGAGGAUUUAUUAUUGAAAUAAAAACAAAGUUACCAAAACCAAUUAUGAUGAUAAAAAAGAGAAAAAGUGAUGUGUUACAUUCAUUGCAUACCAUUGAAUUAAAAGAUUAUGAGAAUAAAGUUUAUAAAUUAUCAUGUGAGAGCGAAAGUAUAAUUAUUAAAUCUCUUGAGCCUUAUCAAAGUAUAGAAAAUACCAGUUUAAUAUUAAGACAUUCUCCAAGAUGUAAAAUGUAUUUUUUUGUGAGAUUUAUUGAGUUUGAUGUGGAGUAUUCACCAAAUUGUCAAAAAGAUUAUCUUUUAAUGACACAGAACUCAAAUUCUGCUAAAUUAUGUGGAAAUGAAUCAUCUAUUUUCAAUUCAAAUGGUUCCUCUAAAUUUGAAGGAUUUUUCAAUCGUUGGUACUACUCAAUGCAGGGUGUCUAUAUAGAACCAAUAGUUAAUGAUAUAAGAAUUGUAUUCAAAACUGAUGGAUCAUCUCAAAGGAAUGGAUUUUCUAUAGAAAUAGAAACAUCUUUUACUGAAGAAAUAUUUGGCCAUCCAUCUUACUGUGAUUUUCUAUAAUUGUUUUUGGUUGACUUUUAACAAAAUCUUGAUCUGCUUAAAAUAAAUUUCAAUUGUCAAAAGAUAUUUUAAAAAAUUAGGUGCUACUUUUCAAUCAUAAAGUACAUAAAGAGUUAGUGGCACAGUGUAGAAUGUGAGAUUAAUAAUUGAAGUUUGAUAUGAGCCUAUGUAACACAUUCGUCAGGAUUGAACUAACUCUGUUAUUUAUUAAGAUGCAGAUUUGAAAUUCCGUACAUAGACUAAUACUCAACCUUUAGUUACACCAAGCCUGUCAAUAAUCAGUCAGGUCUGAGGUCUUUCUUCUCUAUUGAUUAAGGAGGAAUAUAAUAAUGCAUAUUCAGUUAAAUUAAUAUUCAUUAAUAAAACAAAGAAUGUUU